UCCAAGUUUGUAUAUUUUAAUUUAACUAUUCAAAAUUUAUUUUAACAAAACUUUGUUAUUUGUUAUGGGUGCAAACUUAUUUUAGGAAAUCAAUGUGACGGGAGCAGAUUUCAGACCAUUCCUUUAAUUUUGUUGGAAAUUUAUGUUCUUUUAAGGAUAUUCUCAUAAUAACUGAAAAAGAAGAACUCUUUUAUAAUUUCUUAAACUUAUAAUCUAACCCAUUACUAAUAGUAAAAUAAUAUAUUAAACUGCAAAUAAAAGUGGAUUAUAAUAGGUAUACAUAAUUCCAUUUCUUGAAUUUGUAACAUUGUCAUAGGCCUAACAAGAAGAAAAGCUUAGAAAACUUUCUAUUCCAUGCAAAGUUUACAAUUUGAAACAUGGUAAAGUGCCAUAAAAAACAAGCAAACAGCGACCUGUAUGUUUAGCUUCCUUGAGUUGUGAGCAGACAUGAACCGAACCACAGUUAAAAAUAACUGAUCCCAAAAAAGCCGAACAAGCAUAAACUAUAGUAUGCGUAAGUCAAGAACAAGGGAGAAAGAAAGAGCAGGCGUGAGAGAAAGAACAAGGGAGAAAAUAUGAAAGACCGAGAAAAAGAUAGACAAUUUCCUCGGAGUUUUCAGGAACAGAUACAAGCUUGAAAUUCUUUCUCUAUAUAUCACAGAAACUUCUCUUCAAGCUUUAUUUUUUCUGAAGCAGUAUCUACCCCUUAGGAGUAUAACCUCGUACAUUGCACAAGCAAUGAAAGCUCAAUGCCGCAACCAACUCAAUGUCCUUUUUCUUCCAUAUCCAACACCUGGCCAUAUGAUUCCAAUGGUAGACACUGCAAGACUAUUUGCCAAGCAUGGUGCGAGCGCUACCAUUAUCGCUACCCAAGCCAAUGCUUUAACAUUCCAAAAGGUCAUUGAAGAUGACUUCAGUUGUGGAUACGACAUCAGAACUCAAGUGAUUCCAUUCCCUGCGGACCAAGUUGGUCUCCCUGAUGGGGUUGAAAACAUUAAAGAUAGCACUACCCCAGAAAUGUUGGGUCAAAUCAGUCAUGGAAUAUCAAUGCUUAAAGACCAAAUUGAGCUUCUGUUUCAUGACCUGCAACCAGAUUGUAUAGUGACUGAUUUUUGCUAUCCUUGGACAGUGGAGUCUGCUACAAAACUAGGCAUUCCAAGGCUUUUCUUUUACAGCUCAAGCUACUUCUCCAACUGCGUUAGUCAUUCUAUUAGGAAACAUAGACCUCAUGAAAACUUAGUCUCUGAUACCCACAAGUUUAUAAUUCCUGGUUUACCUCAAAGAAUAGAGAUGACGCCACCGCAGGUAGCGGAAUGGGAAAGGACUAAGAACGAAACCACAGGCUACUUUGAUGCAAUGUUUGAAUCGGAGACUAAAAGCUAUGGAGCACUGUAUAAUAGUUUUCAUGAACUUGAAAGCGAUUAUGAGCAACUUCAUCAGAGUUUAUUGGGGAUCAAAUCUUGGACAAUUGGACCAGUUUCUUCGUGGGUUAACAAAGAUGAUGAACAAAAGGCUAAUAGAGGACACAAGGAGGACCUUGAAGAAGAGCCACAAUGGUUAAAUUGGCUUAACUCUAAGCAAAAUGAGUCUGUACUUUACGUAUGUUUUGGUAGCCUCGUCUGGCUCCCUCAUGCUCAACUUGUUGAACUGGCUCAUGGGCUUGAGCAUUCUGGUCAUAGCUUCAUCUGGGUCAUCAGGAAAAAGGAUGAAAAUGAGAAUGAAGAUAGUUUCCUACAAGAAUUUGAGAAGAGAAUGAAAGAAAACAAGAAAGGUUUUAUCAUAUGGAACUGGGCACCACAGCUGCUGAUAUUGGACCACCCUGCCAUAGGAGGAAUGGUGACUCACUGUGGUUGGAAUUCCAUUCUUGAAAGUGUGAGUGCUGGAUUGCCAAUGAUCACCUGGCCAAUCUUUGCUGAGCAAUCCUACAAUGAGAAGUUGGUAGUUGAUGUCUUGAAGAUUGGAGUCUCAGUUGGAGUGAACGAAAACACGUUCUGGAUGAGCUUGGGUGAUGAAGCAAUGGUGAGAAGGGAAGACAUAGUGAAGGUUGUGAUGCUUUUGAUGGGAAGUAGCCAAGAGGGCAAAGAAAUGAGGAAGAGAGCAAGAAAACUCAGUGAUGCUGCCAAGAGGACUAUAGAGGAGGGUGGACACUCUUACAACAACUUGACUCAGUUGAUAUAUGACCUUAAAUCGUUGAAGAUAUCUAAAGCACUUACAGAAGCAGGGUAGAUAAUUGAAAUGGAGCAUUAAUGUAGUGCUUCUCGGAGGUGAAGCUGGUGAUUUUAUAAUUCCUUAUGCUUAUAUAACAAGAUGAACAACUUCAAGUACUUCUGAAACUGUUUUACAUGGAUCUAGCUUGCUACUUGUGUCAGUGUUUCAGUAUAAUAUUUUAGUUUUUCCUAUGUCAUGUCAUUUGCUUGUUUGAACAUUUUGGAUAAGGAAAAAGGAAACGAAAAAGAAGAAAACAAAUACUAACAACUUAACUAGAGAUUGGUAAAUUUCCCCGCUGCAAAAAAAAAAAGCAGGAAAUAUUUUGGUUAGUACUGACAUACCAACUAUUUGCAAGCUUCUAUGUAUCAAAAGUGGAGACAUUGACAUAAGUGGAAUGUAAACAACGGUUCCAAUUUGCUUUUCUAACAUGACUUUUUCUUCAAUCACAUGGUUUGAAAGCUUUGUGGCAACUAAUUCAGUGUCAUUACAUAAUUCUUCUAACUCUUCUCUAAAUUUCUUAGCAACAUUACUAGAGUUCUGAUCUUGUGUAUUUCUUUUACUAGAACAGAGUUUAGAGAAUGAUAAACAGCCUAUUCUAUUCUUAUUUAAAUUCAAAUUGCUAUGAAAACAAGUGUUUCAAUACACAUCAUUACCAAAGUCUAUAUAUUAUGCGGACAAAUUCUGUUUCGAAAUUAAUACAAACAGG